GCAUGAAUUGCAGAAGCAAGUAUAUAAAGUUUCCACUAAUCUCUGGCAUGUUGUGUAAUAGAGGAAUCCAUGCAGAGGACCAGUCAUACCAACCCUGCUGAGUCUCUCCAUUCUGAAUUGUCCAGAAACAUGAUGGGCCUUCUGCACUUGAUGCUGCUAUCUACUCUCCUCUCAGUUUCCAUGACAUCAGAAUCAUAUGAUGCAAUGGAAGGUGAGGCUUUGGUUGUAAAGUGUCCCAGAGACCGUCCAAAUAGAACCAUUACAUGGUAUCAUACACAGACUAACCUGCCCAUUCCUGCAGAAGAAGGAGAACGGAUAUUUUCCUCUGGGCGAUUUCUUUGGUUUCUGCCAACAGCGAAAGAGGACUCAGGAACCUACACUUGUUUUGUAUGCGAUUUUAGUAAGUGUACAAUGCCUUCCACUGUGAGUGUGAUGGUGUAUCCAUACAAACGAGGAAUUUGUUUCCCAAGUCGGAUUCGUUAUCCAAAUGACACUGGAACAUUAACAUCUGGAAAAAUUGUUUGCCCUACAAUUGACAAUUAUGAGAAUGCUACUAUUGUCAAAUGGUAUAAGGACUGCAAACCUCUCCAAGGACCAAGUGAAAAAUAUUUAAUGAGAGAGAAGUAUCUUUUUAUUAAAUGUCCCCCCAAAACUGAUGAAGGAUAUUAUACCUGCUAUUUUACCUACAUGCAUGGUGGAAAUGUAUAUAAUGUAUCAGCGACAAGACGCUUUAUAGUUGAAGAAACUGUCUCUUCACCUAUACUUGCCCAAAUUCAGUAUCCAACAGACAAUUCUGUAAUACAAGUGGAGCUUGGUUCUCCUGUGAACAUUAGUUGUAAAGCCUUUCUGGGGAUUGGGAAGCAAAACAUAGCUGUUGUUACAUGGAACGUUAAUGAAACUAAAGCCGAAGCUCUUAAUUCUUUAAGGUUUCAGGUAGACUGUCAAUUUUUUAGGGAAUCUGAUCGGCGAUAUUAUGGCGAGUCCAUUUUAAACAUUGAGAAAGUGAAGGAAGAGGAUCUUCUGUCAAAUUUCUCAUGUACCGCACUAAAUGAAAUGGGAUUUGUAAUGCACAAAGUGAUGUUACAGCUCAAAGUGCCAGGACAUCAUCACAACACUUACCUGAUAAUAGGGAUUCUUGUUUUGUUAGUUAUAAUAGCCCUUUUGGUCAUACUUCACCAUUUUUUCCAAAUCAAUAUUGUCCUGCUGUGUCGGGAGAUAUUUAAACCCUACAAAACCCAGAAUGAUGGGAAGAUAUAUGAUGCAUGUGUUAUCUAUCCCAAAAAUCGCACUAAUGAAGCUAAUUUUGUGGAAUAUUUUGUCCACCAGAUUUUGCCAGAUGUUCUAGAAAAUAAACAUGGAUAUAAACUAUGCAUUCAUGGGCGAGACAUGUUGCCUGGAGAAGAUGCUGCCAAUGCAUUUGAAAUGAGAAUACUGAAGAGUCGGAGACUGAUAAUCAUUCUGACACCACAGCUAAUUGAAUGUGAGGAAUUUGCUUACGAACAUCAGAUUGCUUUAUACAAUGCCCUUAUUCAGAACGACAUAAAGGUGAUCCUCCUUGAAAUGGAGACAAUUGGGGACUAUAAAGGCUUGCAAGAAUCACUCAGGCACAUCAUCAAGCAACAAGGUACUAUCAAAUGGAAAGAGAAGCACACGCAAAGCCCAUAUGCAUCCAACUCUACAUUCUGGAAACACGUGAGGUACCACAUGCCGGUGAGACACAAGUCUUCACAAUUCAGCUAUGCUGUAUAAAUAGGAAGUGUUAUUAACAAGGGUAGGAGGAGAUGACAGACUUGCUGGGCCUCUCAGCAAGGUGCGGGGAGCCAGCAUUGUGCUCCUGGAAGCUGGCACUGUGUUCCUUGGAAGAAGGGGCAGGGUCUUGGACAGAAGGGAUGGG